UUCUCUUGCAUAAAGGUUAGCAGCACUGAUAAUGAAAGUAAACUCAACCAGCCGUCAGUGUUUCACGUGUAAAAUCCAUUUGUUCAGCUGAAAGAUCGAUAUUGAAGCAGCAGCUUUUCUGCAAUACAAUCUGGAUUGUCGGAGCACUUUUUCAAUACUGUCUCACAGCCUGAACAAGUUUAACUUCAUACAAGCUCUUGUUUCUGCUACAGCCAGUACAUUAUGGGGGAUUUUGUUAAUUUUGUAUAUUUUCUACUGGCGGUCCUAAACUUACACACGUGUACCUCUGAUGAUAUACACUGGACCUAUAAAGCGGGGGGCUUGGACGAAGCCCACUGGGGUGAGAAGUUUCCAGACUGUGCCAAAAACCACCAGUCGCCCGUCAACAUCGAGAGAAAAAAAGUGAGACACAACAUAACCUUGCGGCCUCUGGAGCUGAGUGGAUUUGAAGGGCAGCAAGACAGCAAGUUCCUCAUGAAAAACACGGGCCAUUCCGUUCAGAUAGACUUGCCUCCCACCAUGGCUAUUACCAAAGGGCUGCCCAGCAGAUACACUGCCACUCAGAUGCACCUGCACUGGGGUGGGAUGAACCUAGAGGCCAGCGGGUCAGAGCACACCAUUGAUGGAAUGCGGUACAUGGCCGAGCUGCAUAUCGUUCAUUACAACUCCGACAAAUAUGCCAGUUUUGCUGAAGCCAAAGACAAAGCGGAUGGAUUGGCAGUACUUGCAUUUAUCUAUGAGGACGGCCACUUUGAGAACACGUACUACAGUGAUUUUAUAUCAAAUCUAGAAAAAAUACAAUUCACAGAUCAGUCAACUUACAUCUCAUCACUAAAUGUGCGUGCCAUGCUUCCUGAGAAUCUGUCCAAUUUCUUCAGAUAUCAGGGUUCUCUGACCACACCGCCGUGCUAUGAGAGCAUCAUCUGGACGGUCUACGAUACCCCGAUAACACUGUCCCUCAAUCAGAUUAGAAUAAUGGAAAACGCCUUAAUGGACCACAGGAACAAAACCUUGAGGAAUGAUUACAGGCAUGUCCAGCCUCUCAACGACAGAGUGAUUGAAGCCUCUUUCCUGCCCAGGUUUGGAGCAUUGUGCCGCCAUGAAGACAUCGAAACCAAACUAGCAAAGAUAGAGCAAAUGAUACAUGACCUUGGGAAGCAGAUACGGCGAGGCUCAGUCCGACACAGCAGGCUCCAGGAUCACACAGAGCAGACAUACAUUGCCCCCCUUGCAUUCCAUUUCACAGAGAAGAGUUUCAUGAGCUACGCACAGGUGCACCUGGUGCACAGCAUGGAGCUCCGCUCGUUCACGGCCUGCAUGCAUGUCAAGGCCGGGACCACUGGGGUCCACACCAUCCUCUCCUACUCCGGCUUCCAGAACGACAACGAGCUGGUGAUCAGCACGGGGGCCGAAGUGGGGCUCUGGAUAGGAGGCCACUUUGUGAACUUCCCUCUGAACCACAGAUCCCAGGAAGUGCUGCACUAUUGCAUCACGUGGGCCUCCCACUCCGGAGGAGCCGAGCUGUGGGUCAAUGGGGUGGUGGGAGAGGAGAAGCAUGUUAGAAGUGGCUACGUCCUUCAGUCUGGAGGGACCUUCAUACUCGGUAAAGACCAGGACGGGAUUUUGGGGAUCUCUGAAUCCGAUUCUUUCGUUGGUCACAUGAGUGAUGUGAAUAUCUGGGACUACAUCCUGAGCUCAUCAGAAAUCAGAGAGCUCAUGAAAUGCAGCAACGUACGCAGUAAAGGGAAUGUGGUGGGCUGGGGAAUUCACAGAGUGGAUCUCUUCGGAGGGGUAAGGCUGGAAAGAGACACUAGGUGUGGUUGAUAUAAGUUUAAAGUUGAAACUCAAACUUUCUCUACUGUGAGUCUACUUAUCCUAAUGUUUUGGCUGAUUUCUAGAAAUGCACAUAAAUGCAUUGAGGAGUGUUUUGUAUCCCAGGAGCCCGUGCUGUACUGCAAUAAUGUUUGUUUUAUCUAAUCUAUAUUUGCGUCAAUACGAAAGUAUAUGGAUAUGAUUUUUACAUUUCAAAUAAUUCCGAAUUGAAUAUUGUCAGUGACGACUCUUGUAGAAAAUUGUUUGUGUCGCUCAGUAUUUGGAAAUCAAAAAAUGUAAAUGAAACUUUUCAUUAAGAAUUUCAAUAAAGAUUCUGUGUCUGUU